AUGAAAAUCCCUCAAUUUUUAUUGUGUUUUCUUCUUUUUAUUUGCUUAUCAAAUUACUCCAUAGCCAAAAAAUCUCACAAACACCACCCUCUUCUUUUCCUUCCUGUAUUCAAAGAUGAAAUUACAGAACAAUAUGUUACUCAAAUAUACCAAAGAACCCCUCUUGUCCCUGUCAAUUUAACCGUUGACCUCGGCGGACGAUUUCUAUGGAUGGAUUGUGAAAAUGACUACAUUAGUUCAUCUUACAAAAAUGUUCCAUGUGGUUCAAGACCAUGCAAACUCUCAGGUUCACAAGGAUGUUAUGGAUCUAGUUGUCCUGUUCCUCCUAGGCCAGGGUGCAACAAUUACACAUGUUCACAUAUUCCAUAUAAUCCUAUAAAAAGAUCUAGCACUGAUGGUGAACUUGCUCAAGAUGUUAUUGCAUUAUGGUCCAUUAAUAAUACAAAUAAUAAUAAUGGGUCCAAAAUUUUGUCAUCAUCAACUAGUGGAGUGAUGUUUAAUUGUCCUGGAGAUUUUUUGUUAGAAAAAUUAGCCUAUGGAGUUAAAGGUAUGGCUGGACUUGGAAAUGGUUACACUGGACUUCCUUCACAAUUAGCUAGAGCUUUUCAUUUACCUCGAAAAUUCGCUAUUUGUUUGAGUGGUAACACUAAAUCAAAUGGUGUUAUUUUGUUUAGUGAACGACGAUCAUAUUAUGCAUCUAAUGAGGUACUAACUUACACUCCUCUGCUCAAAAAUCCUGUUAGUACUGCGGGGGCUUAUUUUCCAGGUGAGCCAUCGGUUGAAUAUUUCAUUGGAAUCGAAAAAAUCUUAGUAAAUGGGAAGAUUGUACCGAUUGAUAAUAAGUUACUAGCUAUUAACAUGACUAAUGGAGUUGGAGGAACAAAAAUUAGCACUGUUGUUCCUUAUGGUACAAUGGAAUCUUCAAUUUACAAGGCGUUUAAGGACGCAUUUCUUAAAGCUAUUGCUAAAGUUCAAAUAGCAAAACCUAUUAGGCCAUUUGAGUUAUGCUUUAACUUGUCGAAUUCAGCUACUUUAACAGGGCUUGUAAUUCCUCAAGUUAGUCUUGUUUUGCAAGGUGAACAUAAUAAAAGUACAACUUGGGAUCUUUCUAUGAACAAUUUCAUGGCAUCUCCUACUAUUAAUGAUAGUAGUGAUUUGUUGUGUCUAGGAUUUUUGGAUGGUGGUGAAAAUGCUGAAACGUCGAUUGUUCUUGGAGGGAUGCAAAUUGAAGAGAAUUUGUUGGAAUUUGAUCUUGUGAAGAAAAGAAUGGGAUUUAAGUAUGUGUACAUGUCACCUGAUUUAGUCAGUUGCAGCAACAAAUUCAGAUAAAAUUGUUGUGAUGUUACAUGAUAUUGUACUAAGGCUAGAAUGCUAAAAAGUAUGU